AUGCUCGUUGGGGAGGGCGCAAAGCUCGAUGUGCACGGAUGCAAGACUGUGGACAUGGCUUCCUCCUUCGGAAAGGCAUUGCUUGAGUUCGUCUUCAUCGUGUUUGCUUGCAUCACCUUGCUUCUCGGCAUCAACGCGGCCAAGAGCAAGGCAGCCAGCCGCGUUCUCUUCCCUGCCACCUUUGUCACUGGAAUCGCCUCCAUUGCCUAUUUCUCCAUGGCAUCUGGCGGAGGAUGGGUGAUCGCCCCAGACUGCAGGCAGCUCUUCGUGGCCCGCUACCUUGACUGGCUCAUCACAACUCCCCUCCUCCUCAUCGACCUCGGCCUCGUCGCUGGCGUCAGCCGCUGGGACAUCAUGGCUCUCUGCCUCUCUGAUGUCUUGAUGAUUGCUACUGGGGCAUUCGGAUCUUUGACUGUUGGCAACGUUAAGUGGGUUUGGUGGUUCUUUGGUAUGUGCUGGUUCUUGCACAUCAUCUUUGCCCUCGGCAAGUCCUGGGCUGAGGCCGCGAAAGCCAAGGGAGGAGACUCUGCGUCCGUUUACAGCAAGAUUGCUGGCAUCACUGUGAUCACUUGGUUCUGCUACCCUGUUGUCUGGGUGUUCGCUGAGGGCUUCGGAAACUUCUCUGUCACCUUUGAGGUUCUCAUCUAUGGCGUUCUUGACGUCAUCUCCAAGGCUGUGUUCGGCUUGAUCCUCAUGUCGGGUGCUGCUACUGGCUACGAAUCCAUCUAA